AUGGACAAACUUUCUCAAAGCGACGGCCGGAAGGUGAGCGGCGACCGGGUUGUGACUGGCCGGCGGCGGCAGCGCAGGGAGGCGGAGACGGCGGACCUGGCCGGCGGGGAGCCGGAGCGGCGAUAUGCGGUGGCCGGCGGGGGCAGUUCGCUGGCGGUGGGAGACUCGCCGGCGGAGGAAGAUCGUGGGCGGCGGGAGCCGGAGGAACAGCGGCGGCGUCCGGAAAAGGACGGAGGGGCCGCCGGCGGGGGCCGCAGGGGCCGGACUGACAAGCCUGUCAGUCCGAUUAAUGAUCAAGGGAAUGAAUUGGUUGAGAAGAAAAUGGCAGAAGAAGAACAUAAUAUUUGUGAAUCAAGAUGUCAUGAUAAUAUAGAGGUAGCAACUGCGCAAAUCAAUCCUUCACUCGACGUUAUUCGAACACCUGGCAUUGCGGUUGGUUCUGAGUGGCCUGCUGCCACCACCUCUAAAUUUCCUCGCUUGGCUUUGGCUAUUUCGCCUCCUGGGCGGGAAGAAGGAGAAGAAGAAAAAGACCCAAAAGAUGGAUGGUUUGUGUUGGAUCCGACUCUUGGCCCCACUGAUGUAACGGCCAUUAGUGAGAAUAGCCUUCAAUACUUUGCUUGUGAAAAUGUUUUGCCACAUCCUGCCAAAAUAAUCCGAGAAGCUCUAUCAAAAGUGUUGGUGUUUUAUUAUCCUCUGGCUGGGAGAUUGAGAAAGAAAGAAGACGGGAAGCUUCAAGUGGAGUGCACAGGAGAAGGUGUUCUUUUUGUGGAAACCAUGGUAGACAAGAACCUGUCAAUCCUUGGAGAUUUGGACCAGCUGAAGCCAUCAUUUAAGCAGCUUCUUUCUAGGUUUCCUUCCAAUACAGCUAUUGAGGACGCUCAUCCCACGGUUCUUCAGGUAACAUUGCUUGUAAACCAUUUUGCAUGUGGAGGUUUUGUUGUAGCAGUGAAUUUUCACCAUUGUAUAUUUGAUGGACGAGGAGUAGGGCAAUUUCUCAACAGUCUUGGAGAGAUGGCUAGAGGACAUGUUAAGCUAUCUAUUGAACCAAUAUGGGAUAGAGAGAUUCUUAAACCAAGGAACAUGUUAGUUCAUGAGUUAGAAUUCAUUGAAGAAAAGAAACAGAGUACAUCUCACUUAGAGACACCUACAAUAUAUAAAGAAUCGGUUCAAAUGUCUCUUACCUUAGGUUUUGAGACAAUUAAGUAUGUGAAAGAUGGAAUUAUGCCAAAAUGUAUUGAUAUUUGUACUACAUUUGAGAUUUUUGCAGCUUUGGUUUGGCGAGCAAGGACCAAGGCACUUGAAAUUCCACAUACUCAAAAUGUUAGUAUUUCCUUUGUAGUAGAUGUGAGGAGAUCAUUUAAUCCCCCACUACCAAAUGGAUACUAUGGAAAUGGUAUUGUUGGUGCAUUUGCAAAAGCUAUUGUGCAUGAUGUCAUAAACAAACCACUUUCAUAUCUAGUGAAUAUUAUAAAGGAAACAAAAAUGUCACUAACUAAUAGGUAUCUUCUAUCAAUAAUUGAUACAAAGCAAUUUCCAACAAAUGUUCAUAGCAACCAGGCUAAUAUAAUUUUAAGUGAUUGGAGGUGGUUGGGGUUCAAUGAAGUUGACUUUGUAUCAGGAACUCCAGUGAACAUAUGUCCUAUUAUCUGGAAUGAGAAUGGAUAGAACUUGUCAAAUGUUUUUCUCUUUCUCCAUUCUCCUAAGAGGACGAAUGAUGGAUUUAAGGUGAUAAUGUGGAUGCCUCCACAAGAAUUCAAUUUAUUUGAAAUUGAAAUAGAAGCCAUCACCAACAAAUAUGUUAUUAACAGUUAGGUGGUUUUUGUUGUUGUCUAUUAGGUAUC